GGCAUGUACGUUCUACGCGCGCUUUGAUUUUGCCUUCGUGCAGGUAGUCAGCAAAAUGCUUACGUUUUUCUAUUAAAAAUGCGAUUUUGUCCUUCUUGCGAGACUCGGUACUUCGAUAUAUAAACUGUUUAACAUUUUAAGCCUAUUAUAAACGCGAUGAAGUGUUGCAGGGACGAGAGAAAGUGAUUUGUGGAGCGGUAGAUCAUUCCCCUAAGGCCUCAUCAAGCAUCAUGGAUUUACAGCAUGCAAUAUGUAGACCCGAAAACCAUAGCAAGUUUAGGGAGAAACGACUUUACAAAAGAUUUUUGAAUAAUGCAAGCCAGGGCCUUUCCUUUUCUGAAGAGGUUGUGUGUGAGAUGGGGCCCAUUUCAUACAGAAAACAUGCAGACUUUAGUUGGCUUUUCCAUCCUGUGGGCCCUUUAGCAUCAGGCACCACAUUAAAGAAAAUUAGGAAGAAUAGGCACAAUGUACAUUGGAACAUUAAUUCUCUUACUCAAGAAGCAGGCAGUGCUUCUGUACAGGCUCUUACAAUGAACACGAAGGCAUCUUUUAAAAUGUAUAGUGAUCAAAGUAAAUAUUGCAAUGCCGUUGGAAGGACAGGGCAAAUCAAUGUGCACACCAGUCUGCAGGAAUCAUUUACAGAGGAUUGGGAAUCCCAGAACAGGAACAGCAAGUGGCAGGAGUUUGUACAGAAGAAGCUUGGCAAGACUACAGAAAAGUGUUUUAACAAGCAGAUCACCAGAGAGAAGUGUGAAAAUAAGUCUGGUGCACUGUUACCAUUGAGGAAACAACACAGGGUACUGGAUUACGUGUCAUCUCCGGGCGUGAAUGUGCAGAAUUGCUUAAAUAAAACAGCAAGUGCAGCGGGUGUCAAGAGCAUUGAGAUUCCACAGUCCCUACACCUGCAGGACAUCCAAGAUCUAGACGACGGCAGCCAUGUUUAUCACACAAACAACAUCUUUAAACAGGGAAUCUUCACAGGAAAAGAUAGCACUGUGAAGGAAGUAAAUCUGGCAAAGUGUCCUUCACAGGAGAGCACCAGACAUCUGCAUUGCAAACCUGUGGCAGAGCUCUCCUCUCUUCGCUAUGCAUUGAACAAUUGGAGAUUUAAGUUGCCCUGGCAGAAGGUUACCCUUGAGGGCCUAAAAAGAGCUCUUAUUGAUCCUAAUUAUCUCAUGCGGCUGGAAGCCCUCAUAACCUGUGCAUCAGGAGCAGUUAAUGGACUACAGCAGAAUCUUGAUCCAGGCAAAGGAGCUCAAUGUGAGGGACUGAAAGUACAGACAGUACCUCAGGAACUGCAGGAUCUCAUUGUCUCGGCUCUUAAUGACCCGGUCAGGAGAGUUCAGAUGGCUGCUGCAGUGUGCCAGUAUGUCAUGAGGACACCUAACUCACGAGCCAAAGACAUACUGAAGUGCACAUUAAAACAAGACCUUACAGGCACAGGUGCCGACAGCUGGAUGGCGGCACAAUGCCUGGCAAUUGAUGGUGAUACAAGUCAAAGUGUCAUACAGAGACUUUUGUCCCAACACUUCCUCUGCGAUUCUCCUUCGGAUCAGAAGCAGUCCUUGGUUUUGCUCUCAAGCAUUAGCAGGAAAACUACAUUAGUGCGUUCUCUUCUGGCUGAAGAAUUAAGCAACGCUAAUUGGAGAAUUCGAUUUCAGGCCUGUAAUAGCAUUGCACUGCUCAGAGGUCCAAUCAAUAAGGACCUUUGCAACAAACUGAUUCACAUGAUGUGGAAUGACUGGAGCUGUGAUGUUCGUAAGGCUGCAGCUCAGGCUUUGAGUAAACUGGACAGAGAUCUGCACAUUGAGCUGAGUGUGAAGCUCAAAGGGGGUCCAACUGCUAAGCGAUUGGAAGCACUGAUGUUCAUUGGUCAGCUUAAUAUAAUGACACCCAAGCUACUGCCCACUUUCCUGCAGUGCUUUAAUGAUGACUUUGUGGCUGUGCGCAAACAGGCCUGCUUGACUGCGGCAUCUCUGAUAAUUAAAGACCAGACGGUCCUGGAUCAGUUAAUUAACUUGAUGCAGAAUGACCCAUUAUGGGAAGUGAAAGUGGAGGCGAUUAAUGCUUUAGGAAGAAUAGGUUGCAUAACCCCAGGUCUACAGGAGUUGCUGAUGUGGGCUCUGCAUCUUGAGGAGGAGCCCAGUGUGCGCAUAGCUGCCUGUGAAGCCCUGAGUUCUUUAGAAGCAAAGGGCCCAGAAUUACAACGUUUUCUACAAGAGCGAUAUGCACUGGAAUCCAACAUUGAGGUUCAAAGGCACAUUGAAGGACUACUAGAAAAAUUUGGAUACAGUCUGGAAGGAGACGAAAGCACGAUUCAAGAGAUCAAGCAACAGGUGGAGCUGUUGUGUUCAAAACACACCAUUUCAAUGAAAGUGCUUGUAGUGGAAGAGAUGGAAAAGCAGCGACAGCAGAUAUCAUUGUGCUGAAUUUACCAUUACAGAAAACGUAAGGCCAUUAAAGGAACGAUGAACCGAAUGUUUUGAGUUGUCUUACUCAAAAACAUCCAGUCACUCAUUUUCAUUUAGUUUACAGUUGUCAGGCAGGUUAAUGUUAAAAAAAAACAAGGAUCAAACCACUUUGCUUUUUAAGAGUAUGGUUUAAUUUGGAUAGUAAUGUCUGUUCUUUUUGUCAAAAUGAUAUAGAAAUUCAGGAACAUGUUUUCUACAGCUGCACUGUUGUUAAGCACUUUUAGGAUAGAUUAUAUGAUUGGUUGACCGAGAUAAACAUUAUGCCUGCAUUUGAUUAUGAAAUUGUUAAAUUUGGGGUCUUUACGGAAAACAAAGAUGUUGAAUUUCUGUUUAAUAAUGUGUUGAUUGUAGCCAAAAUUGAUCUACAUAAAAAUGUCGAUUUUUCAAAGUU